AUGCCCGGCGUGGAGGGUGGCUUCGUGCUGACGGACGUGCUGAGCCCUCAAGAGUGUGAUGAGCUCAGACGCGCCACCGAAGAGAUUGGAUAUCGUCCAGAUGUGCCGAUCUCAUCUCAGUUGGACGAGCGAGCGCACAAUGUGGUCCUCAUGGCCAAUGAUGUGCAGAACAAAUCCCUGUUUGAGCGUGUGAUGCCGUUGCUGCCGACCGAGAUCCAUGGGGAGAAGCUCUUGGGCAUCAACCGCCGCUGGCGUUUCUACCGCUAUUUGUCCGGGAACCUGUACCGGAAACAUUUGGAUGGUGCUUGGCCUGCGAGUGGUAUCAGCUUCGAGGGUGGCCAGGAGAGCUAUGUCUACGAUGCACACGGAGGUGGCACAAGGUCCAAGUUGACCUUCAUUAUUUACUUGAACGACGACUUCGAAGGCGGUUGCACCACCUUCUUCACUCCUAAGCCGGACGAGGAAGGCACGUUGGACUCCAGGCCCAUUCGCCCGCGUAUUGGCUCCGCCAGCGUCUUCCCCCAUGGCGAUUGUCGGACGCCUCUCUUACAUGAGGGCUCGGCGGUGACCAAGGGGACGAAGCAGCCUGGAUGGAAGGGGGGGAAACGCGCAUUCUGA